UGCCAUCCCUACUCCAUCUCUAGUCUCUCCUCCACGAAUUGGGAUUCAUCCUGCUGGAAAGCGCAGCCUACGAGCAAGGGAACAAAAAACCAUGCUAUCACAUAAUACCAUGGUGAAGCAGAGAAAACAGCAAGCUUCAGCCAUCAUGAAGGAAAUCCAUGGAAAUGUUGUAGAUGGCAUGGACCUGGGCAAAAAGGUCAGCAUCCCCAGAGACAUCAUGUUGGAAGAACUAUCCCAUCUCAGUAAUCGUGGUGCCCGACUAUUUAAGAUGCGGCAGAGAAGAUCUGACAAAUACACAUUUGAAAAUUUCCAGUAUGAAUCAAAAGCACAAAUAAACCACAGUCUUGCCAUGCAAAAUGGGAAACUGGAUGCAAGUCACCUGGAAGGCAGUUCACAGCAAGCCCCCUUCACUCCUCCCAACACCCCAGAUCCACGAAGUCCCCCAAACCCAGAAAACAUUGCACCAGGAUAUUCUGGGCCACUGAAGGAAAUUCCUCCUGAAAGAUUCAACACCACAGCUGUCCCUAAGUACUACCAAUCGCCCUGGGAACAGGCCAUUAGCGGUGACCCCGAACUCUUGGAGGCUUUAUACCCUAAACUCUUCAAGCCUGAAGGAAAGGCAGAACUGCCUGAUUACAGGAGCUUUAACAGAGUUGCCACCCCAUUUGGAGGUUUUGAAAAAGCAUCAAAAAUGGUUAAAUUCUCGGUUCCAGAUUUUGAGCUUCUACUUCUCAGAGAUUCCAGGUUCAUGGCUUUUUCCAACCCUCUCUCUGGCAGACGGUCCUUUAAUAGGACCCCGAAGGGAUGGAUGUCUGAGAAUGUUCCCAUAGUAAUUACGACAGAACCUACGGAGGGUACCGCCGUGCCGGAAUCAGAAGACUUAUGAGAAGAAAGGAGCCUGUGCCACAAACGCCUCUGAACACAAAUGCUGCUGUUUCAUCAGUCCACUGAUCCGCCAGGCCGCUCACACUCUUAUUAGCGGCGAUCAUUUAAUAGCGAUUUAGCAAGUUUCCUUUGAUGGCAUUUAUUUUUGAUCUCAGAUCGAAUACUAAUAAACAACUCAGAAUCUUGUUUUAAA